AUGAACACGCCCUUGCGAACGCCAAACGUGGGUAAGAGCGCUCUGUUCAAUAGGCUGACGGGGACCAAGCGGGCGAUCGUGUACGACCAGCCGGGCGUCACCCGCGACCGCAUGUACAUCAGGGCAUUUUGGGGCGACACCGAGUUCAUGAUGGUGGACACGGGCGGAUUGGAGUCGCUCCCGGGCUCGCCGGAGGACGCGCCCAGCGUGGACACCGUCGGUGGCUUUGAGAUCCUCCCCGGGAUGGUGGAGUCGCAGGCGGCGCUCGCGGUAAACGAGGCGGCGGCGCUCAUCAUGGUGUGCGACGGGCAGAAGGGGCUGACAAACGCAGAUGAGGAGAUCUACGGUUGGAUCCGCAAGUACCACUCCAAGAAGCCCCUGCUGCUCGCCGUGAACAAGUGCGAGAGCACCACGAAGGGUGAGGAGCAGGUGCUGGAUUUCUGGUCCCUCGGCGGCCCCACCCCGCUCGCGGUGUCCGCCAUCAGCGGCACGGGCACCGGCGAGCUCUUGGACGGCCUCGUCGCGGCGCUCCCGCCGCCCAGCCCGGAGGAUCUGGACCCAAGCUGGAAGGACGAGGAGGGGGACGGGCCCUUAAAGGUUGCCAUCAUCGGUAGGCCCAACGUGGGCAAGUCCUCGCUUCUGAACCAGCUCGCGGGCGACGCGAGGUCGAUCGUUAGCGACUACAGCGGCACCACGAGGGACACCAUCGACAGCGACGUGAUCGGCGCCGACGGCAAGAAGUACACGCUGAUCGACACCGCGGGUAUCAGGAGGAGGACGUCCGUGGCUGCCUCUAAGGACGCACCCGAGUCCCUCGCCGUGGGCAGGGCGCUCCAGGCGAUGCGCCGCGCGGACGUCGUGGUGCUCGUCAUCGACGCCGAGGAGGGGCCAAGCCAGCAGGACUUUGUCCUGUCAGAGAGGGCCGCCGUCCAGGAGGGUUGCGCGCUCGUUCUGUGCGUCAACAAGUGGGACAGGAUCGAUAAGGACACGUACUCCAUGAACGAGUACACCAAGACCCUCCGGUCCAAGCUCAGGGUCUUCGAGUGGGCCAGCGUCGUUUACACCAGCGCGCUGACGGGUCAGAGGGUUCAGAAGGUUUUGCAGGCGGCAGCCGAGGCUUCCGUGCACCACAGGAAGCGUCUCUCCACUGCCACCCUCAACUCUGUGAUCCAGGAGGCGACGCUCUGGAAGUCCCCGCCGAGCAAGGCUGGCCGCAAGGGUCGGGUCUACUACGUCACGCAGGCGUCCACCAGGCCGCCAACCUUCGUGUUCUUCGUUAACGAUCCAAAGCUCUUCCCGGACACGUACAAGAGGUACAUGGAACGGAGCCUCAGGGAUAACAUCGGGUUCCCGGGGUCGCCCAUCCGCAUCCUGUGGAGGGGUAAAGGCGCCAAGGGGAAGAAGUAA